GUGUUCACAUCUGGUGCUUGUGUCGGCAACUGACAUGAUCGACCCCCAAACCCCAAACCCCCAUGCCGCCACAGGCCCCCCCGGCGGCGGCGGCGUGUACCUGGUGUUCGGCGCCAGCGGCGGCAUCGGCUCCGCGCUGGUGGAGCGACUGGCCGCCCGCCCGCCGCCUGCUGCAGCCACCUCCGGCAGUAGUGGCAGUAGCAGUAGCAGUGGUGGCAGUAGCAGCGGCGGCAGUAGCAGUGGUGUCGUGCGGGUGGUGCUGGCGGGGCGGCAUGAGGAGCGGCUGCAGGCCACGGCGCGGGACAAGGCAGGGGCGGGAGGAGGAGGAGGCGGCGGGGCGGCGGGCGGGGCGCAGGUUGAGGCGGCGCUGCAGCGGGUGUUGUCGCGGCACGGGCGGCUGGAUGGCGUGGCCAGCCUGGUGGGGGACGUGACGGCGGGGUCGGCGGCGGCGACCAUCGUGGAGAGGUUCAAGCAGGUGCUGGACACCCACCUGGUCACCGCCUUCAACGUCACACAGGCCGCUGUGAAGGCUCUGCUGAACCAGCCCGGCGGCGGCUGUGUGGUGCUGGUGAGCGCGGCGGUGGCGCACACCGGCAUCCCGCACUUUGAGGCCAUGAGUGCGGCCAAGGCAGGCGUGGAGGGCCUGGCCCGCGCCACCGCCGCCACCUACGCCUCCCGCGGCAUCCGCAUCAACUGCGUGGCGCCCGGCCUCACCACCACACCCCAGACCACAGGCUUCACGGAGGGCCCGGCGGCGGUGCGUGAGGCCAGCAGGGAGAUGACGCCGGCCAAGAGGUUCGCGGCGCCGUCCGACGUGGCGGCGGCGCUGGCCUUCCUGCUGUCGCCCGAGGCGGCCUUCAUCAACGGCCAGGUGCUGGCGGUGGACGGCGGGCUGAGCACCCUACACACCGCGCCCGCCACCGACGUAGCCGCAGGCCACUGAUGGGGUGGGGGGGCCGCCUGAGCGCCCCAGCCCACCUCAGGCGACUGACAGCGCGGCUCCGACCAAGUGCGGGCCCGUGGUGCUUGUGCGCGGUGCUGCGGAUGCAGGGCUGAUGCUGAGGGGGCCGCCCGACGGCACAUGGCCACACACCGUCACACCGCACGCGGCCGGCUGAUGGACGGAUGUGUGUGUGUGGGGGGGGGGCAGGAUGUCCGGUCCCGGAGGCGGGCGGCGGGGAGCUCAGCGACCAGGGGCUCGCACCAGCUGGCUGAGCAGGAGCCGGUCGCAACAGUGCCUGGACGGGUGAGACGGACGUGUGAGUGUGUGCAAGAGUGUGUGUGCCCUGCUUGAGAGAUUGCACGGUUGCAACGGUUGUAAGGAAACUGACAC